UCAAACACAAACAUAAACACAAACACAACCUCAAACUCACAUAUAAAAGAUGACAAAACCAGCUAUAACAUUUCCACUUAUCUUCACACUUCUAACCUUCAUCGAUGUCUCGAGCAGCGCCUCCAUCGUUUUCAACGUCGUGAGCUUCGGGGCCAAACCAGACGGAGUCACCGAUUCCACCGCAGCAUUCCUCAAGGCAUGGCAAGGGGCUUGUGGCUCGGCAUCUUCAGCCACGGUGGUGGUCCCCACGGGGACAUUUUUGUUGAAGGUAAUAACGUUUGGAGGACCAUGCAAGAGCAAAAUCACAUUUCAAGUGGCCGGAACCAUCGUUGCUCCGGAAGAUUACAGGACCUUUGGCAAUUCCGGUUACUGGAUUCUCUUCAACAAGGUUAACAGAUUCUCACUGGUCGGUGGGACUUUCGACGCUCGAGCUAAUAGGUUCUGGUCUUGCCGGAAAUCUGGACAGAAUUGUCCCCCCGGUGUUAGGUCAAUAUCGUUCAACUCGGCAAAAGACGUGAUCAUAAGUGGAGUGAAAUCGAUGAACAGCCAGGUCAGCCAUAUGACCCUCAACGGUUGCACCAAUGUAGUCGUCCGUAACGUCAGGCUGGUGGCUCCCGGAGACAGCCCAAACACUGACGGCUUCACCGUUCAAUUCUCCACUGGAGUCACAUUCACCGGAAGCACCGUUCAGACCGGAGACGAUUGUGUUGCUAUCGGUCAGGGGACCCGCAACUUCCUUAUUUCCAAGCUUGCUUGUGGCCCUGGUCACGGGGUUAGCAUCGGGAGCUUGGCAAAGCAGUUAAACGAAGACGGAGUAGAGAACGUGACAGUAUCGAGUUCGGUAUUCACCGGAACACAAAACGGCGUGAGGAUAAAGUCAUGGGCGAGGCCGAGUACCGGAUUCGUUAGGAACGUCUUCUUCCAAAACCUAAUCAUGAAGAACGUCCAAAACCCUAUCAUAAUCGACCAAAACUACUGUCCCUCCAAGCAAGGCUGCCCUACUGAUCAUUCGGGGGUGAAGAUAAGCCAAGUGACCUAUAAGAACAUACAAGGAACGUCGGCGACACAACAAGCAAUGAACCUGGCUUGUAGCAAGAGCAAUCCGUGCACAGGAAUCACAUUACAGGACAUUAAGCUUAUUUACAACAAAGGAACCCCUGCUACUUCCUUCUGUUUCAAUGCUGUUGGGAAAAAUCUUGGUGGAGACACGCAUAUGAGUUCUUUGGCUCCUGUAAUGGAGAAGCAAGAGAGCUUUCGAGGUAACUCUGUAGAGGAACAACAGAGUCUCAGAUGCGUUGGUGCAGAGGAUCAGGUGAGAAAGGGAAGAGCUUUGGAGAAGCAAGUUAGUUUCCUAGCUGGGAAUGUUGUAGAGAAACAUGGAAUCAAAGGAAGAGCAAUGGAGAAUAGAGAGAGGCCAAUGGAGAGGCAGAGAAGCUUCCGUGGGUUCGUUGAGAAGCAGAAAAGCUUUAGGGUAGUGAUGGAGAGACAGUUAAGUUUCAUGAAUGCUGCUGGUGAGAGGAAGCAGAAGACUGAGUCACCUGGUAAAAGAGGGGACUCUCCUCUUCAUAUCGGAGCUCGAACAGGGAAUUUGGGGAAGGUUAUGGAAUUGAUUCGAGGUUGUAACGGCACUGAAGAGUUGAAGGAGUUGUUAUCAAAGCAGAAUCUUGAAGGAGAGACUGCUCUUUAUAGUGCAGCAGAAAAUGGGCAUUCGUUAGUUGUUGAAGAGAUGUUGAAACAUAUGGACCUUGAUACUGCAUCAAUUAAAGCUCGCAACGGUUUUGAUCCUUUCCAUGUAGCUGCAAAACAAGGCCAUCUCGAGGCAUUGAAGAAAUUGUUGGAGACAUUUCCGAAUCUGGCUAUGACGGUGGAUUUAUCGUGUACAACUGCAUUGCACACGGCUGCCACACAAGGACACAUUGAUGUGGUGAAUCUUCUUUUAAAGACAGAUUCUCAUUUAGCUAAGAUAGCUAAGAACAAUGGUAAAACUGCGCUUCAUUCUGCAGCGCGAAUGGGGCACAGAGAAGUGGUUAAAUCUUUGAUAGGUAAUGAUGCAAGCAUCGGGUUUAGAACCGAUAAAAAGGGACAAACAGCGCUUCACAUGGCUGUCAAAGGUCAAAACGAAGGGAUUGUUCUUGAGUUGGUGAAACCAGAUCCUGCGGUUUUGAGUGUUGAGGAUAACAAAGGGAAUACACCAUUGCACAUUGCCACAAACAAAGGCCGUAUUAAGAUUGUGCGAUGUUUGGUAUCAUUUGAUGGAAUUAACCUCAAUGCUAUGAAUAAGGCUGGAGAUACUGCACUUGAUAUAGCUGAAAAGAUUGGAAACCCAGAGCUUGUGUCGGUUCUGAAGGAAGCAGGAGCUGCAACAGCUAAAGAUCUUGGGAAGCCUCAAAACCCGGCUAAGCAACUUAAGCAAACGGUCAGCGACAUUAAACACGAGGUACAAUCUCAGCUCCAACAGUCUCGCCAAACGGGUGUUAGGGUUCGGAGAAUCGCAAAGAGACUGAAGAAGCUUCACAUCAACGGUUUAAACAACGCUAUAAACUCAGCAACCGUUGUUGCUGUCCUAAUCGCAACAGUUGCAUUUGCAGCAAUCUUCACCAUUCCUGGGCAAUAUGAAGAAGACAGAACAAAGGGACUGUUGUUCUUAGGAGAAGCCCGCAUAGCCAACAAAGCCCCGUUUUUAAUCUUCUUCAUAUUCGACAGCUUGGCGCUGUUUAUAUCUUUGGCUGUUGUUGUGGUGCAGACUUCAGUUGUGGUGAUUGAGCAGAAGGCAAAGAAGAAGCUUGUGUUUGUGAUCAACAAGCUCAUGUGGUUGGCUUGUUUGUUCAUAUCCAUUGCCUUUGUUUCUCUUUCGUUUAUCGUUGUGGGUAAGGAAGACAUUUGGCUGGCGAUUUGUGCAACGAUUAUUGGCGGGACGAUUAUGCUAACCACGAUAGGUGCGAUGUGUUACUGUGUGGUCAUGCAUAGGAUUGAGGAAUCUAAACUGAAAAGCUUAAGGAAAGAGAGAAGCAAAUCGAAAUCUUUCUCACUCUCUCAUAUGCCUUUAGAGUCAGAGAUUCUCAACGGCGAAUUCAACAAGAGAAUGUAUGCACUCUGAGACUAAAAUCUCCAGAACAGACAGUUUAAUGUAAGAGUAACAAAUGUAUACAUGGGUCACGUACCUGUAGUUUAGGUUCAAGUGAGGAGAUACAAAAGUUGAAUACAUGCUACCUGAGGAA